UUUUAUGCGAAAUUGUGUUUGCUUUUGUUUACAAAACAAUAAAUUGUUAUUAAUUAUAAUACCUAAAAUAUUUUAUAACAAAAUAAUGCUAAAAGUGCCAUGUCUAAAGCAACAUCUACAUUUAUAGAAGAUGAAGAGUCCUGGGGUGAGCUCAAUAUAGAUGAUGCCGCUUUACAAAGUCUGCUGGACAAUCCUUUGGAGGAAUCGAAUACAUCACGACUACGUGAUGGAGAACAGCAUGAGGGAUUUGAUAAUAAUAUGGGCGAAUCUUGGAUUUAUCCCAACAAUUUACCAUGUCGUUCCUAUCAAAUGAGUAUAGUGCAGGCAGCUUUGUAUCGCAAUACCCUGGUGGUAUUGCCCACGGGUUUGGGUAAGACUUUUAUAGCAGCCGUAGUCAUGUACAACAUCUACAGAUGGUAUCCAAGGGGAAAGAUUAUAUUUAUGGCUCCCACUAGACCUCUAGUCAAUCAACAAAUUGAAGCUUGUCAAAAGAUCAUGCCAUUUCCCAAGAAAGAUACCAUUGAAUUGACGGGAAAAUUGCAGAGAGAUAAACGUGCUGAAAUGUGGAAAACUAAAAGGGUAUUCUUUGCCACUCCCCAAGUGGUGCAAUCGGAUAUAUUUGGUGGUCGUCCUCAGGCUGGGGAAAGUUUAGAUGAAUUUUCAUUUCAAGAUGGUCAGCAAGUGAAUAAAACUGAUUUUCCUUUUGAUUUGGUUAAACUGAUAGUUAUAGAUGAAGCGCACAAAGCUAAGGGAAAAUAUGCCUACACAGAGGUGACACAAGCUUUGGCUAGAAAUAAUAAAUAUUUUCGUGUUUUAGCCUUAUCAGCUACACCGGGUCGAACUUUAGAUGAUGUGGCCGAGGUGUGUCGUAAUCUUUUUAUAUCACACAUAGAGGUGCGUUGGGAUACUUCAUUGGAUGUUUUACCUUACAUACACAAAAGAUCCAUGGACACAGUAGUGGUGCCAAUGGGUGAUAGAAUUAAGAAAAUCAGAGAAGAACUACUACUUAUAGUGGAUCCCUAUUUAAGGCAACUAACAGAAGCUGAAGUUUUAUCUGGCUCAUUAACAAAUAUCAAUCGCAAUUUCCUGCUUUAUGAACAAAAACGUUUUCGUGAUCGUUCCUUCCAUUUGGGCCGUCAUCCCCAACAUUCUGCCAUUACUAGUAAUUUUGCCAUUUGUAUAAGUUUAUAUCAUGCUUUGGAGUUGCUGGAACGUCAUGGUUUAAGGGUAUUUCUAAAUAAUUUCGAAGAAGAUGAAGAGGGCAAAGCUAAGUUUGUUUUACAAAUGGAUCGUCGUUUAAGUUGGUUGGUGGAGAAGCUGAAAAAGGAAAUGGGUCCUAAUCCAUUUGAAUUUUCCGCGGCCCCUAUGACAAAUGGAAAAAUAGCCGAAAUACCAAAGGAUUUGGAUUUUGGUCAUCCGAAAUUUGAGAAAACUCGUGAAUGUUUGUUAAGACAUUUUGAGAAUACUGAAGAUUCUCGUGCCAUAGUUUUUUGUGAAUAUCGUGAAUCGGUUAUGCUGAUCUAUCGCAUGUUACUACAACAUGUACCGCUUCUAAAACCAAGAUGUUUUGUGGGACAAGGUGGCACCAGUGGCUCUCUCCGAGCAUUAACCCAAAAACAACAAAUACAAAUAAUGAAUGAUUUUCGUGAAGGUAAAAGUAAUAUACUUAUAGCAACCUCAAUAGGAGAAGAAGGCAUAGAUGUGGGUGAGGUGGAACUAAUAGUAUGUUUCGAUAUAAGCACUUCCAAUCCCACCAGAUUUGUGCAACGUAUUGGACGUACAGGACGCAAGAAAAAUGGUCAUGUUAUUAUGAUGGUUACCGAGGGAAGAGAACAGCAAUUGUUGCGUGAAGUAUUAUCCAAUAAAGAUCAAAUUAAUAAGAAACUUUUAAGAUCAACUGUGGUGCAGCAGUCUUUAUACAAACAUGCACCACGCUUAGUGCCUACCGAAUUUAAGCCUAAAUGUAUACAAACGUUUGUUAAACCACCCUCCGAUGAUGAAGAGCCUAGUACCAGUCCUAAAGGAAAGAAAUCACUGAAUAGUAAAGCCAAAACACCAGAAAAAGGUAAUCAAGAUUUGCGUAAAUUUUUCCAAAAGAAACCCAAACCAAUGGAUAAAGAAGAUAUGGAAUUCUUUGAAACGGAUACUAAUAUGACACAAGCUAAGCCAGGUUUGCAGACGCAGCAAAGAAUUGUUAAUAAAUUGGAUAAAAUGAAGAAUCUUUUCAAGGAUUUACAAUCACCAUCCAUAGCAACACAAACCCAAAAAGUGCUGCAAAAGACACCCACUAAAGUAAACAAUAGUCAGGGUUCUAUUAAGGAGUUCUUUAAGAAUCCUACAGCAAAAACUAAAACGAAUGUAAGUUUUAGUCAAUCACUAAAUGACAGUGACUUGAAUGUAUCCACUAUUGAUUUGUGUGAAGAGGAGCUUAUGGAUACUACUCCAACUAAAAUGAAUAGUAGUCAAGGUUCCAAUAAAGAUUUCUUUAAAACUCCUAAAGAGAAAGUUAAAACCAAAGAAAUAGUAAAAGCAACUUUAAAUGAGAGUGUGGAUUCCUUUAAAAGUUCCAAUGAAACAAUGGUUAAUAAUAAAAAUGGUAAAAGAAAAAUCGAUCCCGAACGUUUGCAAUUCCUAGAUGAUAUGCUCAGUACCACCUGGACAACACCAGAGGUUUUAAAACGUGCAGAAAUUAAUGAUUUAACUUAUCAUUUAAAAUCCAAAGAAUUGUCUAGAGAAAUGAAAAAGGUGUUUCUAAUCAAAAGUCCAGCGUAUAUCAAAGAAAAUCUAGAACAAAUGAAAGUUCUUAAAGCUUUAUAUGAAAAUGAUACUACAUCCUUUACAGAAGAAGAGAAAACUAUAAGAGAAAUAAAUAAUAUAAUUUUAGAUCUUUUUGGAGGCUUGGAAAAAGUGCAGCAAUUUUUGGAUGAUUUAAAUUCGCAAAAAUUCAAAGAAAAAGAUUUUGACUUUGAUGGUGAUUCUGAGGAAGAAGACCCCGAGGAAAUGGAUAAAUUUCAAAAGCAAUUAGACAAAAUAUUUGAAGGUUUAGAGGAUGGCCAAAGACAUGAUAAUUAUGAUUGGAUACAACAGCGACUUAAAGAAACGGCCUACUAUAAGGAGUUAAAUAAGAAUCGAGAACCAGAAAAUAAAGUACAAGAGUCCAUGGUGUAUGAUACGUUAGCCGAAAUAGAGGAGGGGGAAGAAAGUUCUUUAAAUAAUUUUGAAGAUUAUUCCAUAACUGAAUCCAAGUAUUGCAGUCAAUGGCAAGAGUUUAGUAAGACUGAUAUAACAUUCAAAUCAACACCACUGCAAAGUUCCUUUACAAGGCCACCUAAGAGGGGGGAAGCUUUAAGGAAAACUUCACUCUUAUGUAAACUAGAGGAGACACAAGAAGAACAUGAAAUACAAGAGGAACAAGGAAAUGUGGCAAAUACUAGCGCUAAUACUAAACAAAUACAAAUUGCCAUGGAAAAGUUGGCGGAAAAACUAAAGGAACAUUCGUUAACAGAAGCACAAAACUCCCAUAAAAAUCCCCAACAAGAAUUUGAGAAAAUUUUCAAAACUAAAGUUAUAGAUUAUGAACAACGUAAACAGGAAAUGGAAAUUAAAGAAAAUCUCUUAAAAGAAGAACAAAGUGAACCUCUUGAAAACUUAGACGAAUUGGAAAAUAUGUUUGCCACAAAAAGACAAGAUUAUGAAAAGCGUAAAAUGGAACUUAUUAAUGCUCAAAAGGAAUUUGAAAAAACUCUAAAAACAAAUGAAACAUCUAAACAGAUAAAUAAAGUAAAAGAUGAAAACAUCACUGCCCAAGAUAAAGAACAGAAUAAUGAAAAGCCUAAUUCAGUUACAAACGAAAACUUAAACUCCACUAGUCAAUUUGAUGAUUUCCAAUUACCCGAUGAGCAGGAGUUAAUAAUGGCGGCUGCUGAAGCAGAAUUGAAAUUUACACAAACUAAACAGAAAGAAGACAAUAAAAAAGACUGUAGUUCCAAUCUCCAAGAUCUUAAUAAAACUCCCGAUAUAAGUAAUUUAACAAAUGAUAAAACUAAUAGCUUUAACAACAUUGGCAAACUAACACCUCCUUCCUUAAAUUCCACACCCGAAUUAGAUUUAAGUCACAGAGAGAUAGGAAAACCCACAAAACCUUCACUAACCUCAACAUUACCCACACCACCGGAAUUGUCGUUGCAGGAACAAUUAGAUAUUGAUAUGGAUGCCUUUUUGGAUCCCUUUCCCGAAGAACAGGAACUAAUCAAAACUACCCAGACCUCUGUUAGACGUGAGAGUUUUAAAGAAAACAUAAUAACCUCAUCGAUUAUACGAGAAUCACCGGAUCUAUUUGCCGAAGAACACCUACACAACUCGCCCAUUAAAAGACCUAUAGCGGCUAAAAAACCUACUUUAGCAGCAAAAUUAUCCUCAAAACUUAAUCUACAAAAGUGUCAAUCCUCCUUAAAUCCUAGCACUUCCUUGAAUUCUCCACAGAAACCGUUAUUUAGUACACAAAAUGCUAAACAACUUUUAAAAUCUCCCACCACUCGCCUAACCAUUGAUAAGCAAAAAUACGAAAAGUCACCUAGUAUUUUUGAUAUGUAUAUGAAGAGUACUAAGGGUAAAGGCAAGUUACCUAAAACUUUGGCCAGUAACUCACUGAUAGCCUCAUCCUCAAAUGUGACAAAUAAUGUAAGUAAAACUCUAAAAGAUUCUCCGCUACCAGCUUCACAACGAGAUGAAAGUAUAAUUGUGGUUAGAAGUAGAAGUGGUAAAGCUUCCAAGAGAAAAAUAUUUGAUAGUGAUAGCGAGCAUGAGGAAGAGAAUGAAGUACAUGGUGUUAAUGCUAUUGCAGAGGAAAGUGAUGAUGGAAGUGAUUUUGAAGAAAUUGCGGCUACUCAAGGGGUAAGUUGA